AAAAAAAACGAAGAAUCUAGCUAAUAGGACAAACACAAUUAGAAAUCAAAUAGAAAAAAUCACAAAAGACAAGAAAAAAAUAUUUCUAACCUCAGAGAUAAAUAUUAAUCCUAAGGAAACAAGUUGUGAUAUUAAAAAAUCAAAAUCGACGAAAAAUUUUUGGCAGAUAUUAAAAAGAAGAAAUACCCGAUUAAUACGUAAAUGGCAUUUUUUUUAAAUUUUUCAUUAAAAGAUACACAUAGAUACUCUUCUAUAUAUCAUUAAUAUUCCCAGGAUCAAUGCACAACUUUUCCUUGAAUCAACAAACAAAAUUAUUGAUAAAUACAUUUACAAUUACAAUACUAAAAUAAAUCAAGAAGAUAUUAAUGAAACAAAUCAAAAUACAAUUCACUCUAUUUCGACUAUAAAAAAGUCGCUUUUUAAUACUAGUAAUAAAAAUUCGCAGAUUUCUUGUGAUCAAUCUUCCUUGCCACAAACAUAUGUUUUUUACAAAUUAUCGCAAACUCAAGUUAUUAAUAAGUAUCGCUUGAGAUCUGUACUUCAAUACCACGGAACAUCUCUUUUUCUUAAGGAUAUAAUAAAGAAUUUUUUUGAAACACAAGAAAUACUUCAUUCCGAAUCAAGGCAUAAGAAAUUUCGGAAUUCUAGAAUUAAUGAAUGGAAAAACUGGUUAAAGGGUCAUUAUCAAUAUGAUGUAUCUCAGACUAGAUGGGCUAGAUUAGUACCACAAAAAUGGCGAAAUAGAGUCAAUCAACGCCGUAGGGCUCAAAAUAAAGAUUCAAAAAAAUUGGGUUCAUAUGAAAAAGACCAAUUAAUUCAUUCCGAAAAAGAAAACGAUUCUACGGUGGAGUCAUUACCGAAUCAAAAAGAAAAAUUUAAAAAACACUACAGAUAUGAUCGUUUAUCACAUAAAUAUAUUAAUUAUAAUUAUGAAAGUAGGAAGGACUUAUAUAUUUAUGGAUCACCCUUACAAGUAAACGAGAGUCGAAAGAUUCCCUAUAAUUACAACACACAUAAACUUGAAUCGUUUUAUGGGCUAGAAGAUAUCUCUAUUAAUGAUUAUCUAGGGGAAGAUUAUCUUAUUGAGACGGAGAAAAAUCCAGAUAGAAAAUAUUUUGAUUGGGGGAUUCUCCAUUUUUUUCUUAUAAAAAAGGCCAAUAUUGAGGCCUGGGCCAAUAUGGAUACUGGGACCAACAUUCAAAAAAAUACUAAGACUGGGACUGAUUAUUAUCAAAAUAAAAUACAAAUAAUAGAGAAAAUGGAUAAAAAAGAUCUUUUUUUUCUCACGAUUCAUCAAGAAAUCAACCCAUCCAA